AUGCCACGUGCUUGGUCCUUUUGGUUCUUCUUGACUCUCCUAGUCAAGUCCUUGUUCAAGAAACCCCUCAGCAGAAAGAACCCUCUCCACCUCCCUUCAAGCCCACCAGCUCUCCCAAUCAUUGGUCAUCUUCACCUUCUUGGUCCAUCCUUGUACAAAUCCUUGCACAACCUCUCGACCAAAUAUGGCCCUCUCCUAGAUCUCCGCAUUGGUGCUUCCAGGUGCCUUUUUGUUUCAACAUCUUCCAUGGCCACCGAAAUAUUUAAAACCAAUGACCUCGCUUUUGCAUAUCUGCAUUUCACUUUCGUUGAUACAUUACCAUACGGAAACUAUGGAUUUUUCAUGGCACCCUAUGGUGAUUAUUGGCGAUUCAUCAGAAAACCUAGCAUGACCGAACUUCUCUCAAUCCAAAAGAUUGAACAGUCACAUGGUGUACGACAAGAAGAAAUUGCAUUGUUUCUACGUAAAGUCUUUCAAUGUGCUAAGAAAAAACAGGUUGUUGUUGUGGGUGCUGAGCUAAUGAAGCUUACAAACAAUAUUACGUGCAGGAUGAUAAUGAGCACGAGAUGUUCAGAUGAAAGUAAUGAAGCUGUGAGGAUUAGAGUUAGUAGAGGAGGCCUUUGA